AUGAAGCAGCUUUCCAUUCUUUACUGCCGCGGCAGUGGGCUGCUGAGGACAACGGCGCUGAAAAAUGGGAAAGUGCGUCUUCCACGAGAUGAAGGGAUCAGCGGUGAACUCCACGGUUUCACGGAGUACGGCGGCUCAAUCUCCGCCUUCAUGAAACCAGAGAGCGAGAAGCAAGCGGCUGCGGCGGAGCACAGCAAGGAUGGGCUGCCACUUCCAUGCAGCGAGGAUGAGGCGGCCAUUCAGGCAGCCAAGGCGCUGCACAUGGCGAAUGUCGCACUCAGCGGAAAGUUGCCGUCACCGCGUGAUUUUCAGGUCGGACCCUUGCCAUCGCCGCGACGCGCUGCGGUGAACACAUCAUCAUUGCCAUCACCAUCAGCAUCGUCUUGGUCUUCACUCCCACGGAGGCUACCGACGCCGCCGUCGCCGCCCCCAAAUGAGUCGGUCAUGUCUGCAUCUCCACGGGUGAAGGCAGAGACGGCUGCAGGGGAUCCUGCCAUCAAAGAGUUGCAUGCGAAGGAGGCGGAAGACUACUACCGCGCCGUCCCACGCAAUUCACUUUCAAAGGAAGAGAUGUGGAAACGCAUCACCGCGGCGAAUACAGACAAGGCAGAGCGUGGGUCUUCAGCUCUUCAGCCGUCUGAAGCGGACUACUUUAGGAUGGAGGAAGAACUAAAGGAGCAUGACUUAUUUCAUUAUCGCAUGGGUGAGAUUGCCUACCCAGAAAAUGAAACACGGCGGAACUAUUAUGCCAUGUGGCAGCUGGUCAUGUCCCUCAACAAGGCCCGCUGGACGAUGCUGGAUGUGCAUUCACAGCGCGGCGUCAAGACUACUGGAGCUGGUAUGAAGAUCUUAUUUUGGAAGGAAGCCGUCAGCCAGAUUAUGGAGAAGCGACAGAUGGCUGCAGGCCAAUUUACGGACUCUCACCCAGUGCUUCGACCCUUCGCAGCUGCUGUGGAGCAAAAUCCGCAUAUGACCAAGGCAUUUGUGCGGGGAUUCACCGACGCGAGGUUGCGUGUUGUUCAACAACCAGGCAACGUGAAGCAGCUUUUUGACCAUUUCGAUCGUUAUUACGGAUAUUUCUUUAACUCUCUACUGGAGGUGACACACGUGAAGGAUGAAAACGCGGAGCACAUGAUGCAGCACAUUGGUCGAGCCAUUGGCCUUACACAACACUGUGUUAUGUUUUGGAAGAAGUACGCCCGUAUCGGCUUCACGAUGCUUCCGGCUGACCUCUGCGCCGAUAACCACGUAAAUAUUGCGCUUCUUAAGAGCAUAUCAUUGGCGUCAAGGGACAGAGCAGUGCGUAAGCUUCUGUAUGAUGUCAUGUGUAUUGUCAAAACUGAAAUGCUGCACGCACAGCAGCUGGCGCCGCAUUGCCCCCCGACAGCGUGGCCUAUAGCGAUGGAAUGUACGUAUGCAAACUACUACCUCGGUUUCCUGCAGCGUUGUGACUUUAAUGUGAGCGCAAUGUUCGCAGAUCACAAUAUUGAGAACGCUGGAUUUGCGUGGUACCGUGUCAAAAAGCGCUGGGAAUGGGAAAAGCAUCAGAGCAUUGAACGCCUCGUAGCGGAGGAGGCACCGCUGCCACUUAUUGGCACGUCCUUGUUUCAUCGCGGAUCUAGCUACAAGAUGGCGUCUGGCAUCGGGCGGCCCCACUAA